UCAAUAGAUGCUGCGGCAUUAGAUCAAGUUGGUGAUAAUGAUCAACAGCUCCAGGAGAUCAUUGGAGCCAAUCAAGAACUUGGUGUGAUUAAAAGAAACUGACGAUGAAUGUGAAUGGGACAGAAAAUGGGAAGACGACGUUGCAUGUUGUUCUGGAAGAUUUUGAGACGUCUAAAGUUUCAGGCUGGGGACGCAGGCAUCAACAAUGCCUCAUCCUUUUCUGUUGUCUGACCACCGCAUUAAGCAUGCGCGCGUGUAUGGGAGUAGCUUUAGUAGCAAUGGUGGAACAUACGGCCAAUACUACACAAGUAGAAUAUAAUGCUACUGACGUAACAGUAGUACACAAUGUAAAUGGAAGUUACGUGAAGGUGCCAAUUACUGAAGUUCGCACGAACAUGAGCAGUAUGGAAACCUUUUUACAUGCACUUCUUUUAAUACCACCUUACCCCAAGUUCCAAUGGCCCAAAAAGACACAAGACAUAAUUUCGUCGUCUUUCUUCUGGGGCUAUAUGUUGCUGCAGAUACCGGGCGGGCAGCUGGCGCAUCAGUUCGGUGCUCGAUACCUACUGACUGGAGCUCUCUUGAUUAACUGUGUGCUGUGCUUUAGUUUACCGUGGGCGGCAUUGUAUGGAGGUUGGAUACUGAUGGCGAUAUUCAGAAUCGUGCAAGGUCUGACUCAAGCAUGCUUGCUGCCAGGAGUGCAUACCAUAUUAGGAAAGUGGACACCCUUAGAAGAGAGAGGGAGGUUAGCUGGCUGGGCUUAUGGGGGUUCAAUCUUCGGGACAGUGUUAGGUCUCACCGUAACUGGCUUCAUCGCGUCCUCGCCCGCCGGCUGGCCCGGGAUAUUCCGGUUCUACGGAAUCCUUUCAGGGAUCGUCGGCAGUGGGAUGUGGAUCUUCGGGGCCGAUACUCCUGCGCAGCAUAAAACUAUAAGUGUAGCAGAGAGACGGUAUAUUGAGGAGAGGUUAGGUGUUGGAAAGAAAAAACAUCCAGUCCCUUGGGGUAAAAUCCUCCGCUGUCGUGGCAUGUGGGCCAUCAUGUCGGCUCACAUCGGCCAGGCCUGGGGCCAGCUCACCUUCUACACUGAGGUGCCAGCGUUUAUGGAUAAGGUCAUGGGAGUCAACAUCAGAGCUAAUGGAGUACUUACAGCGCUACCCUACCUCAUCAUGUGGUUCGCGAACUUCUUCUACACUUGGUUCAGUGACAUGCUGAUUGUGAAGAAGAUACUCAAUGUCGCCAACACUAGGAAAUUGGCCAACUCAAUAGGUAGCGUUCUCCCGGCCAUUGGGUUCGUGGUGCUGGCGUAUGUUCCCAAGAGCAACAUCUACGUGGUGGAAACUGUGCUAAUCGCCAUUUGUAUCUUCAAAAUUGCUUCGAACGUUGGAUAUCAUAUAAACCAUAUCGACAUCACGAACAACUACUCGGGGACCUUGAUAAGCCUGAGCAACUUCGCUUCCAACUUGUUCGGCUCGCAAGCUCCUAUAGUGGCUGGCUUCAUUCUUACUGAUGUGACCAGCGAAUAUCAAUGGCGGAAGGUUUUCUACGUGGCUGCAAGUUUCUACUUCUUCACCAACCUGUUUUAUGUGGUGUUCGGCGAGGGGGAGAAGGCUGAGUGGGACAACCCCCCGGAAGAUCAGGACGACAAGAAACAGGACCCCAGUGAGAUGGAACCAAUGAUAAAGGAAGAUACUACUAAAAAGCAGUAAUUGAAAUAGCACAAUGGAUUUUUAGUAUUUAAGUAACAUUAGAUCUAAGAUCUGCACUUUGACUUUUCUCAGGCCUAAGUUUCAGUUAAAACGAGACAGAUUUAUGUCACCUAAGUAGGUAUAUAACGCUGUCUCAUUUUCGUACAGUGUCAAAGUGUAUGUGUCCUCUAUAGAUUUCAGCCUGAAGGUUCCAACGUUCGACGUGACGCUACAAAUAAUAUUAUAGUUUAAGUAGUUAUAUAUGUAUAGUUUAUUGUAUGAGUUUGUAUGGAGCAAAAUAAAUGGAAUAAAAUGUGUUUGAAUGGGUAGAGAGUAAUUUUCCCACCUCAUAUACGAUCUGUACGCUCAGAACCUAUAGGUAAGUAUCUAGAAAACAUUUUAUGGUUUUCAAAGAUAGAAGAACUGUAACAUCAGAGAGUAAAUAAAACCUAAAGCUUGUUUUUUUUUUAAUUCAAUUUAUUCAGUACCACAGAUUAUUAUUAUACAAAGUUUCCAUUUAAACUUUAAAACAAAAGAGUUUAACUCAAUUUUAUUCUAUAUUAUGAGUUAUGAAAACUUAUAUUACAUAAGCCAACCUACUUGUAUAAUGAUAUCAAAUCGUGUAGGAAACUUUAAAGUGAAGUUGGUCUUGCAAUCCUCAAAAUCAUAAUAUUAUGUAGAUUAUUGUUAUAUCAAUUCCUAUUAUUAUAUUAUGUACUUUUUAAUUAAACCUUAGGAAAGAAUAGUAAUAAGCAACAAUACGAGUAUGAUAAGGAAUCAAAGAACGGAUAAGUGGUUGACAGAAUAAAGAAUUUAAUUAUUUUGAUGUUUAA